AGCAGAUCUAAACGAGGGUGAGGUCGCAGUUUCGAAUCCUGAAUAAUCCAAUUUUUUUCCCCCUUUCAUUUUUUAACUCCCUCGUCGUCGUCUUCUCCCUGAAAUUCUUCGUCCGUCAGGCCAUGGAUGAACAGAAGCCGUCGCCGAGGAAGGUGAAGUUCGCCCCUAAAGCUCCACCGCGCAAGAAGCCUCACUCCGUAGCACCAAAAACAGAAGUAGAGGAGGACGACGGAGAAGCUGCGGAGGCCGAGCUGCUGCUUCGCCGCUUCAACGAGAACCUUGGGAGACAAGGAACCAAAGUCCAAAAGAAAUCAUCAGUGCAAGUUGCAUUUGACCAAGGAGUAGUAUCAUCUACUCCUAUACGGACUUAUGGCGGUCCCAAGGAUGAAAGGAGUGGUCCAAGUAGCAGUACUAAGCUCAGAAGUUCUGAUUCAGAAAAAGGAGCAUUUGGCUCACAGCCUCUAGCUGCCAAAGAAGAUGCACUUGUUGUGAGCACAGACUCCACCGAUGGAAUCCCUCCAAAGAUGAAGGAAUACAAAGAACCUUGGGAUUACGAGCAUACAUACUAUCCAACUUCCCUUCCUUUACGGCCCCCAUGUUCAGGAGACCCAGAAAUUCUCGAUGAGGCAGAGUUUGGGGAGGCUGCGAGGAAUGUGGAGUAUGAUGAGAAUGCCAUUAAUCCUGCAUCGGAGCUAGGCCUAUUGGAUGAAAGUGAGAAGGAAAAUAUGUUUUUCUUUCAGCUUCCUCCCAAGCUGCCGAUGGUCAAGAGAUCAGCUAGUGUGAAGGGGAAAGCAAGGAGCGACUCGUCAUCAUCAUCAUCAUCAAAAGCAAACAGUUGUACUGGAGAUUGCAAUUUGGAAAGCCUCUCAGAAGGAUAUAUGGGCAAGCUGCUGGUUUACAAGAGUGGGAAGAUCAAGUUGAAGCUUGGGGAGAUUCUCUAUGAUGUUUCACCGGGAUCGGAUUGCAUAUUUCCUCAAAAUGUUGCAGCAGUCAAUGCUUUGGAUAGACACUUCUGUGUUCUCGGAGAUAUUGAGAAGAGGGCCGUUGUAACUCCUGAUCUCGAUUCUCUCCUAGAUACAAUCAUCGACUUGGAGUGAAGAUCGGGCGAACCACAUAGUGUUUCUGAGAGGACGCCCAAGCAUACUCGGGCUCCCCCCGAGCUUGAUGAUUUGAUCUUUUAGACUGUAAAUUUUGAGGGAUUAGGAGGAAGAUUUCUCCCCCCCCUCCCCAUAUUGUAUCGCCUUUCAGAGAAAUCAAAUGUUAACCUAGGGGGCACUUUGUUAGAAAUGAUAUGUGAAUAUGAACACAAAUAUAUGACAGCGGCGGAAUUUGUUUGAUCUAAUUGUUGUUUGUUCA